CCAAAAUCACUAGUCUAACUUUAUAACCAAAGAGGUUUGUUAGAAAAACAGUUUGAAACUCCUCUGUUCUCUCCUCUUAAUCUCUGAUCAUGCUUACUAGAAUCAUCUUCCUCACCGCAGUCGCGACUUCUAUUCUCGUCGUCCUUCUACUCGCUUUAUUCUCACCCGUCCCUGAUUACGACCCGCCUGGAUCACUCUUCUCUUUCUCCCUCUAUGUUCAGCAAAAACACAUCCCAUCAUCCUCCUAUUCCUCUCGUCGGUCCAGUCAUCAUAUACCCCGACCACGCGGACAAGGAGGAGGAGGAGCAUUGAUUUUUCGACGAACGCUCACGGAAGGACCAGAAAACAACUCCCGUAUAGUAGGCAAAGCCGAGGGAUUCAUAAUCCCGCAUGAAGACUUUGCUAACUCAGAUUUUAACGUUAUAUACUUGACGUUGGAGACACCCGAGUACACAGGGAGUGUUAGCAUUAGGAGCAGAGACAUGGCACAUAAACUGGAAGAGGUUAUGGAGGUAGUAGGAGGGACAGGAGCUUUCGCGUUUGCUCGUGGAAUCGCCAUGUUUGCUGAGGUUGAUGAUCAUGAGGAAGAAGCUGUAACCACUUACCGUGUUAAGCUUCUGCUUAGAUUUCCACAUACUUCUCACCUUGAUCCACAAUGAUGGACGUUUUUCUAUUACAAUACAUAUAUUUGUGUAUAAAUAAAGUUAUUUAACAGAUUCACUACAUAUGUUCGAAAU